CACUGAGUGGGAGGGUGUGCGGAAACUGGCAUAGAGCUGCCGUCUCCCGAUGAGCCACAGGCAAUGCAGCGGACGAAUUUGUACAUAUACACAAAUGUAAGGUUCAUACACCCAGAUGAACUAUGUCUAAUAAUUCGGACCUAGAGUUUAAUUCCCUGGUAAAUGUGGGCUGAGAGAAAAGGUGAAGGAAAUCCAACCGCCAGCUUGCCGGGAAAGACCACCACAGCAACCGGCUUCCGGGGAUUCAGGGGCCGCAUCGGUUGACGGCAGACGUCGGACGGCAACAAGGGGGGAAAAGGGGCGAACCGCAUCAUCGCCUUUAUUCACCUCCGGCUUUCAGCGAAUUUCGAGAUGUCAAGAAAGCUACAAAGAACAGAAGUCUGUGCAGAUUGCAGUGCGCCAGGUAAGGUAGACGAAACGAGUAAAAAGAUAGACCCUUGUACCUUAACAACAUUGAGGGGUGCGACAUGGUGGGACAACAGGGCGCAGCUUCAGUGGCUGUCAGCGGGUCCGCAGAGCAGGAAACCGAUUGAGGGCUUCCUGGCGUCGUCAAGGCCCCAAUUUAACAGUGUAAAAUAGGCGUCACUUCUCUCAGAAAGAGCCCAGGCUGAGCUGUAUUCCUUGAAAAUGUGUUUCUUUCAGUGGCUUUUAUAUACACGUCUUGACUAACAAUACAUGCUAAGCUUUGUUGCACCCAGAGUUUGGAUUAUGUCAAUCCCUAACCCCCAAGUAAUGUUUGUUUUCAUUCCUGUGACCAGGAUGGGCGUCUUAGCACGCUAGCUUAGCCUGGCCAACGACUAUGCGGUUUUGACAUGCUCUGUCAACUUUAUUAUCAACUUGCCUGCAAGAUGUAACGACGAACAACUUUCAGAUUAAACUCCAAACCCCUGUGCUAUUUCGAACGAUUUUCUGUGGCGUUUUUUAAUUGUAUAUCAGGUUAGCAGUGGAGGUUAUGCUACAAUUAUAGCUGGUCUGGCUAACUUUUUGCUAAUCGCCCAUAUUGCUGAAUCCAUUCUGCCAACCCUCUAACCAUUUAACAAUCCUGUUCAUAUUCAUCCGACAGGGUUUAGGUUGUUUUUGACUGACUGGAAACCCAAGAGAGUUUAAUUUAGUGGAGAUUUGUGUGAAGUAAAAUCCUAACUAAUCUUAACCAACGUCAAUCGUCAGGCUUAUUCGUUGGAAAGCGAACUUUAUGCCUAUUUUGUAAGUCAGAAAGAAGAAGAGUGUCCCAAUUUAUAAUGUUUUAAUUAUCAUUAUGGUUUUGCACUACACGGAUGUGACAAAACAAUGACGUUACUAUUGUUAGUAUUAAUAUCGCGAGUGAGGUGAAAGUGGGUUUAGCCUGGCUUACAGCCUCACCUAAAUGUGAGUUCAUUUUGAGGCAUUAGUCAUACUUUGGCUUUGUGUGUGUGUGUGUGUGUGUGUGUGUGUGUGUGUGUGUGUGUGUGUGUGUGUGUGUGUGUGUGUGUUAGCAUCUGUUUAUGUGUGCAUAUAGUAUAAUAGUUGUUUUCCUCGCAGAUGUUUUUGCUCUCCAAGCCUUUAGGUACAGUUCCUAUGGCUUUACUUUGGUACUACUGUGAUGUGCAACUAUUUCCUGCUACUUUUAUCCAGUCAAUGUGUUGCUUCAAUGCCCCACAAAAACUUUUCAUCAUCUCAGCAGCAUCAAAUCAACCCCAGAUGAAACCUAGGAAUGCUCUAAAGUGAGGGGAAGCAAUGUUCACACUGCUAGCAAAAGUGACCUUAAUCCAUGGAUGUGGCACAAGUGUUCAGGCACAUGUAAACAAGAGAUGGGAUUUGUGGCUCUUUGAAGAGUCGAUCCUUUUAAAGAGCUGUUGAAAAUACUGGGUUGGUGUUAUAUUUAAGGGACGUUCCGGUGUAGAAUAAUUUAGGGUCAAACACACCUUAACACAGAGUUGGACACCUUGAGAGAUGAAUGUUGCUGACCGCUUGCUUCUUUAGUUAUACCAAUUUUAGUAAUGGCUGCAGGAUAGCAAUACACAACUGUAUUAAACAGAACAUUAAGAACAUUUAUGAUCAUUACUUUAUUGUUAACUUUAAGUAAUAAUCACCAUAUUAAUCAUUUUUGCACUGCAGACGCAGUAGCUCUUCUGCCUUAGCGUCUCGGUCUGAUUGCAUUUCCAUGAAGAAAUGAUCAUAAAUGUUCCUCCUUGAGCUGCGUCACCCCGCAGCAGUUCUUAAUGGACUGGCCUGAGGUCUCGCUACAAACAAGUGGCUGCUGGAAGAGAGUAGGUGAGUUGUGUUUAGUCUCUUUGCUAAAGAAAUCAGGCAAAGCUAAAAAGAUGCUUGGUGGCUAGUGCUGUGGCUGGGACCCUAAAUGUACUGUUGAUGAAGUUAGGUGCUGUUCUGAGCAUUAUUUGUGGCUAUAGAGUGGCGUUUUGGUUGAGGUUUGUUAAUGGCUCCUCAGACCACUGUGUAUUGCUAUCCUGUGGUCGUUACUAAAGUUGGUAAAAUUAGAGAAGAAGCGGUCAGUAACAUUCAUCUCUCCAGGGGGUGUCUAACUCGGUGUUACGGUGUGUUUGACCCUAAAUUAAUUUUACGCCGUAAUAUCCCUUUAAUUUAUUUUUUAGAAGUCAACCAGGGGUUACUCCACCACUCAACUGAUUGACCAUAAUAGAGGGUGCAGGGCCGAAACAUUAAGUCUGCCCUUGGCCUGCCUCCAGAGAGUUGGUCAAUCAAAUGAAGAAGGCCCAUGAAACCUAAUUAUCAUUAUUAUUAUUAUUAUUAUUAUUAUUACUAAUAAAUAUUUGAAUCUGUAGUUGGUUGCUUUUAUAGUAACUUUAAAACAAUGUCUGAAAGAGAAAGCUCAUAGAAUGGAGCGAGAAAAAGAGGGCCAGUAGAUGAUGAGCUUUGCUUCCCCUUCCUGCUGGCAUCUCUUCAUAUUUUAAUUGAGGCAAAUAGUCAUACACCCUUUCCUACCAAAUGGCCACAUUUUAAAUAAUUCUCCCAACAUAACUCUCAGUGCCUUCCUUAAGUGCAAGAUACUCCAGUUAACUUUUGAUCCUGUCUGAUCGUGUUAGUGUGACUGCAGAGUUUAAAUAAUUGAUAAGGUUGAACUAUGUCACAUAGCCUCCACAAGUGCAGCAUCUCUCUCGGUUUGGAAAGACACUGAUGUUUCUAAUGUAUGGGAGUAACUGAGCAGAUGUACCUUCAAUUAUAUCAUGAACAUAUCUCAUACAGUGUUCUGUCUAUUGAAGAACAACACUGACACUCUGAUAAGUUUGAUUCAUAUUACACUAAAAACACACUUAUGUAUUAUCAUGCAACUCGAGCCAGACUUUAUGCUGUUUCCCUUGUAAUGAUGCAGUAAUGCAAAACAGUCACAUUAAGUAGCUUAACAGUAUAUGAAUUCACGCAGUAUAUUUCUAUGCUUUCUUUUAGAUAUUGUAAACAACGACACAAGUCACACAAACUCUGAUCUUCUCAAAUAACAUUUUUGACAAUAUGUUGUUCAAAAGCAGCAACAGGUCAAAGGUUGGGAUAUGUGAUCACAGUCUGAACAGUGUUCUGUGGAGCAGUGACCACUGCAUCAGUGAAGAGGUGUGUGGAAACCCAGUUGGUGCCUGGAGUUGUGGGACUGGCAUAUCGCUGAAGUAGUGAAGACCUGGUUGACUCUUACCGGAGUAAAGAAAAUGCUAUUAGGUCUAUAAUCAGAUGAGGGGCAGCUAGUAACCCACAUGUUACAAAGUCACAAUUAGGGGUGUCCUGAUUCAACUUUUUGACUUCCGAUACGAUACCGAUAUUGUAGCCUUUAAUAUUCAGAGAUACUGAUAUUGAUCCGAUAUUGAUCCGAUAUUGACACAAACGUUUUUCACUAAGCUGCAGUGACUUUUUCGGACUUAAACAAAAAAUACUGCCGCAAGGCCAACAUCACUCUUACUCCUUGCUAUUUCGUUCGUACCUUAGUACACACUGUUGUUGAGAUUUUUUUGAGCUCAGCCUGCUGGAUCAUGGCACUGCUCGAUAGAGGUGCCGGAGCGGAGUCUGGAAUGGACUGCUUGUGUCGGAGUGCUGAUAUCGGAGAUUUUAGAUGCAGGCUGAUAUAAUCCGAUAUUCGUUUUCUGCUGAUAUAGGACCAAUAUCGAUAUCGUAUCGGGACAACCCUAGUCAGAAUCCUGGCUGUCGGCUUACUUGGUACUGGUCUCCAGAGUUACAGCUCCCCUCCCAAACACCUGCACUGACAGAACGGCACAAUAGGGGUUUGAAUCUUUCAGUAGCUCAGGGACAGCAGGUAAAAGGAACUGUUUAGAUGCAGACUGGAAUAAUUAUGUUUUAAUACACCAGAGUGAAAAACACAAGGCUUUUUAAAAUCUGAAAAUCAUGUAAACUAUUAAAGAGGUAUCAAAGAAGAACUUAAGAGUCUCAAAAAACUGUAUAAACCCCUUUUAAAAGGUUUUGUUUCAUCUGCAAAGAAUUUAGAGCUUCAAAGAUAUUCAGAAAGUCAAACCUGUAAGAACAUUUAAAAUUGUAUGAUCUGACAAAUAUUCUGACUGAUGUGAGAUUCAAUUGAUGUGGAACUCAGUUAGCUGUGCUGUUUUUGUCUGAGCAAGUAGUUCUCUGACACCAGAGGCAGAAGAGCUGUGACUGAAUUAAGUAUAUUUUAACUCAUUGUGUCUUCCCAGAGAAGAAAAGCACCAACUCUGCCUCUACUUCUAAAUGUCAUAUUUCCAAUUGAGUUUUAUGAUUUAGGACACAGUCAGGAGCUUUUAAAUGUGUUUGGCCCUGUAGUCAGGGCUUUGAGCAGUCAAUCAUACAUGACAAUAUUCAGUGUUUUCCUACAAAGGCCAUGUCAGCUUUGCCUCUCAGAAACUGCCCAAAGCAACAGAACAGAAGCGAGGCUACCUACGGCUGCAGGGGAUGGGGCAAAUAAUACAAGCUAAUUCAGCUAAUCAUAAAUAACCCAGCACAAUCAUAAACGUUGGUGCAGGUGUACAAUGUAGUAAGAGAUUUCUCAGCACUUCACUUUGCUAUCAGAGAACCCAUCCCACAUUUCUCAGAUGUAGCACAUAAGUUGUUCUGUAUGUAGCACAAUGAUCAGCUGGUGGGAUAUUUAGACUUUGAAAGACAAAAAAAUAAAAUUAACAAAGCGUGUGAUUCUGACAGAGACAAUGAUGAGGUGGGUUUGACUGUAGAUACAAGGGGACAGCUUUAUGAAAAGGACUUUUUCAGUGGAAACUGACGGGGAUCCCUUCAGGAUAAUUCACUAAUUAUUGACAUUUAUUGUCCCCGUAGGCCCUCGUGGGUACGUUUUUUGGUCUUUCAGAUAGGUUUUUCUGCUGUCAUUUUGGAAAGGAGGGCCUGAGCGCUACGAUGUACAAUAUCAAAUGUGGUGAAGAGAGUCUCCAAUCAGUGUUCUCUUUAUGGUCAUUUUCUUUACAGUUUUUCUGCUGUACUUGGGAGUGAAAUCAGAGCAGGAUAGUCAUUAAGAAACUCUUCCUUGCACAUUUUUUUAAGAUCAUUAUAAAAAAAAAUUGCUUCAAUUCAGUAGAAUAGCUAAAAAAGAUAUAAGAAAUACAGGGGUUGAAGAGGUAAUAUGAAGAUGUGCAGGAAAACAUUUUGGUUGGUAUAUCAUAGGUAUCAGGUCAAGCACAUGGGAAGCAUACCCUACCAAAUGAUCUACUGGCACCACCUGCUGAAGCCAGUUGAAGCAGUAAAUGAUAUGUCAACAGAGACUGCAGUUUUGGUUUUGCGCCAUAAAGUGAAUGUAAUGACAGAAAAAUGAAAACUCUUAAUGCAGAAUGCUUUUUCUAUCACACAUUCAAAACCUGUGAAAUCAUAGAACCAUCCAUUUACUCUUUCUGACAGACCCUGGCUGGACCAGUAUCAACCGAGGGGUCCUGAUCUGUGAUGAAUGCUGUUCUGUCCACCGCAGCUUGGGUCGCCACAUCUCUAUAGUCAAGCAUCUGAGGCACAGUGGAUGGCCUCCUGCACUACUGCAGGUAUGGCACAGCAGUCAGGAGGAAGUCAUUGAAGGAGGUCUCAAAUUUUGAAUAAAUGUGGUACUUGUGACCUGAAAUACUAUCAUUUAAAGUGAGCAUGUUUACUGAAAUCUAAGGAGCAUACAGUGUGUGAGUCCAUUCCAACAUGUUGUAUACCUGCUUUUAAUUUAAAAAUAAUUUGGAAUAUUUUUUCAUCAUGCAUAAUUCUAUACAUGUAUUUCUAUAGUGCAUAAUGUUGGGCUUUGUUGUUAUUCUAAAAAUAUUCAGACUUAUUCCACAAGCGCUGUAGAGUGAUUUACUCAGGAAUAUUCUUUUGAUGAUGGUCAUGCAAGAUGGUGUACCAUCAGUGAGUCAUUGCUUUCUGUGCUUGUUUUAGAUGGUUCAGACUCUGGCAAGUAACGGGGCCAACUCCAUAUGGGAACACAGUCUCCUGGAUCCUGCUCAGGUGCAAAGUGGGCGUCGGAAACCCAACCCCCAGGAUAAAAUUCAGUACGUAUACUUCUUUCCUUUCUAGGCUCAAACAGAACGCUAAAACUACCACACAUCACCUGUGCUGAUGAUAUUGCUCUUGCUUGUGUGUGUGUGUGUGUGUGUGUGUGUGUGUGUGUGUGUGUGUGUGUGUGUGUGUGUGUGUGUGUGUGUGUGUGUGUGUGUGUGUGUGUGUGUGUGUUGGGGAGGAAUCUUAUUGGACCAAAAAAAUGUGAAUUUCACCUGCUGAUGUUAGCAAUGCUGUAGAAAAAAAACCUUUUCUAUCUGUAUUUUACACAAAAUUGUCAAAACACAUUGUCAAUCACCUCUAAAGGUUGUGUUUUGGUUAACAAAUGGAACAACUGCAUCUAGUUAUGCUUUUGUAGAGUGUGUACAAGUGGUUUCAGGGCUUAUGAAACUAUCUUUCAGGCCACUUACAGACAUGUCCCCGUAAAAAAAACUCAAUCAUCCUAGCAGUAUUCUGGAUGCACAUUGCUAUUCAUUUCAAUAGUUACUAUUCUAAACUAAAUUAAGCUUUGGCUUUCUCAUGUAUUGUUUUUCUGUACAUAAAGGACAUACUUAGGCUAUUUAAAGAUUUGUGGGGGUUUUCUGACUCAAGUUUUAACUGUUAUUAUCCCACCAUAGCAGAAACCAUAGUGACAGAGACACUGUGAUACAUUAGCUUUACUCUUUAGAUUUUAGAUUUACUUAAUAUUCUAUGUGCCUAAGUUAAGUUAAGUCAUUAAGGGGUGAUAGAGGUGAUCAGCAACAACAACCAGAAUCUAACUAUAGUGGCAGUGCCCCUUAAAGUUUUUUCAUGCCAGAAAGUGAGACCCUAACCGCCACUAAACAACAGCAUAACUGACUCAUACUUGCUGAGUGAAAUGAUCAGGUGAGCUGUUGGUUUAUACCAGCUUCAGACAGCAAGCAGCAAAUUCACGGCAGAUUUUAAACACAUCAUCAGUAGUUAUAGAGUAAAUGCUUAAUUACACAAUCUACAAAACAGACUUAAAACAGUCAUUUGACUGUAUGACCUAUCUCAGAGUCAUAGAAGGGACCGUGUAGCAAUAAUGGCAAAGAAGAAAGGCAGCCAUGCUUCCACAGGUGCUUUUAACACCCUCUCACAACUCCAGGGGCAAGGCCAGGGGAAGAGUUUUAGUGGGGUAAGUUCAGAGUCAACAGGGGGCAAUACACCAACAUAAACAAUGCCCACUACAACAAGCUUUUCUUGCUGCCUUAAGAUGAUGGUGUAAUAGCAAUGGACUUGAUCACAAGACAUUCUAGUGCAAACAGAUGAGUGGAAGAGAGUCUGUUGUUUUAUCUGAGUGCUCGGAUCAUAAAUCAAAACUUAAAUUUGGUAGGAGAAAGGGAUUUUCAAGUUGAACAAAGGCCUUUAACAAAGAAUGAGACAUGAAAUAAAAUAUCAGCAUCUUUUGAUUAUCUGUUUGGAAAAUAGUGACACAACUUAGAGUCCUAGCUCAUGUGACAGAGUAACAUGGACCAUACUGGAAAAUAUUGUUUCCUAACCAAAGAUUUACACACAUUUACAUUUACACACUUGCCUUGGGGUUUGAUUUUAUUAACUGAACCUCUCCUUCAUUGCAGUCCUACCAAGUCAGAGUUCAUCAGAGCCAAAUACCAGAUGCUGGCGUUUGUGCACAAGCUGCCCUGCCGUGAAGAUGAUGGUGUAACCACUAAGGACCUCAGUAAGGUGGGGGGCUCAGUAUUUAACAGCCAAGAACAGUUACUGCAUAUCUCGUUGUAACUAAUGGUGGAUCCAAACUAAAUCAAAUCAAAUCAAAUCAAGGGACUGAAAAUUUAUGAGUGCAGGUGUAAGCAAAAUGAGUUUUCAGUGGCCCUUUCCAAAUAGAAGCACUGCAAUAAACUCUGUUCCAAAGCCUCUGGCUUUCUCUUCCACAGAACCAAACAACACUGUCAUGAUGUUGCAUCACUGUGUGUUUUCACUCAGUAUGACACUCAGUUUGUUUGCAUGCACAGUUAAAUCGAGCUAUAGCUUGAUACUGUCCCCAUCCCAGUUGACAUUCACUGGGCAAGAACCAAAUCACUGACAGAAACAUGUCUGCCUCUGCGAGGGUAUUUGGCGACAUGACCCCUCUCACUAUUGGGUCUUCAACUGAAAGUGUUACGUAUCAAAACACCGUUGUAUCUUUGUCAAGGUUUCGUUUACUACCUGGCUUUCCAACAACACAUCCAUGUUGUUCAACCACUGGCUUAGAGCCUGGCGUGCGAACACUGGCGCAUGUGCAGAACGUUUAGGCCAGUUUCAGCUCGAUUGAGCCUUACACAUGCAAGAGAAAAUUGACCUCCAGCAAUUAUCCAGGUAUGUUAGUAUGACCACGAGAAGUUCAAUUUCAGUCAGACUAAUGUGUUUACAUACAAUUUAAAAGUCCAGUUUCACCUGGACUAUUGCAAUAAAUCAACUUUUUCAAGUGCAUGUAAACAUACUGACUGUUGUGGAAAUAUUGAGCGAAUUGUACAAACAACAGCGUCACACAAAAACCACAGAUUCCAACUGAACUUUUCCUGCCUCUGCAGCUAGUUGAAUGGACAAGCAACUUUACAUUCCUGUUCCACCAUCUUCCUCUCAAAACAAAAAAGCUAGGCGUUAUAAUGUUGUUACAAACUCACUUUAAACAGGCGGUGGAUAAAAGCUCUAUGGGUGAGAAAUGUUAGACCUCCUGAAUAAACAUGGACACAUGCACAAGCACACUCUUCAAUGACACAGCUGUAAUGUUUCUGUUUGGACUCUGUGUUUCUCUUUUUGAUGCCUUUUUUCUUUCUUUCUAAAUCAGCAACUCCACUCCAGUGUAAGGACAGGGAGUUUAGAGACGUGCCUUCGGCUCCUGUCCCUUGGCGCUCAAGCUAACUUCUUCCACCCGGUCAGAAAAGUUCUUCAGAUUGAACCAGCUACAAAGAAAUGAGUCAGUUUAGUUCAGUAACUUUUUUAGGGACAGCCCUGAUCAUUUUUAUGUGUGUGUUCAGGAGAAGGGCACUACGCCACUCCAUGUGGCAGCCAAGGCAGGCCAGAUCCUGCAGGCUGAGCUGCUAGUAGUAUAUGGUGCAGAUCCUGGGGCACCUGACAUUAAUGGACGCACACCGAUGGACUAUGCAAGGUACAAGAUGAUAGAAACACCUAUUGAUAAUAACGUAACUUCAGCUAAAGAGUCAAAUCUAGAAUUAGAUAAUCAGCAAGAGACAUGUGAGAGGAAAAAAAGUAUUUAAAUAUAACGUUUUGGUUUUCAAUGUUCCAGGCAGGCCGGCCAUAUCGAGCUAGCAGAAAGGCUGGUAGAGUGUCAGUACGAACUGACGGACAGACUAGCAUUCUACCUUUGUGGACGCCGACCAGGUAACUCCCUUCUCUAGUUUAUGUGCAACGUUUGUAGACAUCAGCCAAAUGCACUUGAUUUUUAGCUACCUACAUACACUUCAGCAUAGUAGUUGGUUCAGUGUAAAUCUAUCUUUAAUCCUAACCCUAACCAUCCCUUUUUCUUUGCUUUUUAGAUCACAAAAAUGGCCAUUAUAUCAUUCCCCAAAUGGCAGACAGGUAUGGACCUUGAGUAAUUUUGGUGUUUAAGUCGAACCAGCCUAGCAUGGCAUGGUUCUGUUGCAUGUCAUCUCUCUGUUUGUACGUACUUGAACUUUUCAGCUGCCUUACUCUCCAAAGUUAUCCCUGUCCCUGUCUCUAUCUUGCAUGAGAUAAUUGUUCAUGUUGCAGUCAGGUAUACUGACCCCAGGGGGGCACCAUAGUAAGUGAAAAUUCACCAAAAAAUGACAUAAAUGAGGAGAAACAGGGGCACAUGUAACAUAGAUUGUUGUAUAUUACAGGUAGUGGUGUAAGUUUUAAAGUUACCUUUGAUUUUUGACAGAAGUCAGAAGUGUACAGGUCGAUUCGAUUCAGUAUUUGUACGUCCAGUCACAGGUCAAGAUAUCACAAUGUUUGUUACACAAUUGAAGAAGUCUUGUAUCCCUUUGGCAUCAGUGACUACAUGAUAGACUACAACAUAGAGACUUUCUCACCUCGCACAGCAUUUCUUUACAUCUGAUCAUUUCUUGAGACGCAAAAAAACUGCCUAGAGGAGAUAUUAAACAUGUCCAAUCACAUGUAGGGUUCAGCAAAUGUUAUCUUGUGUCAGCUUUUAAUGAAUAAAGCCUGUUUGAUCUAGACUAGUUAUAUGAGGGAUGUUUUUUUCAAGCUUUAUGAAUAAAGAUCUUAUAAUGUUAAUUUAGAACAUUUAUUGGGCGAAAACUGCCACAGUCAAGUUUAUCUUUACCUUUCUUGGGUAUCUCUUUUCUUCUUUGAGGGCCACUGUUGUUUUUUCAUAUUCCCUCUACUACCUCAGCAAAUCUGGUGUGUAGUCGUGGUCGAAGUGUAUCCGCUUCCCUUGAAAAUCGUUUUUUUCUUUUCAGCACAUCUCUUUUUAUCCUUUUGCUCAAAAACUUGACCACAACAGAAGUGAUCUUGGCAGUGCUGUAACUGGAGGAGUUGGUACAAGUGUCUGGUGCACUCUUAAGUUUUCGUAGUUGUUAUGCUAUCCUCAGCUCGUUCCUUAACGUGCCCAACAUGCAUCCUGGGAGUUUUAGGCAUACAACUUAAGGUUUUAACAGCAUCAGAGGAUGUCAAUAUGCAAGGUUCUCUCACUGUGAUCAGCUGUUAUUCAUCAGUAAUCAACUUUAUCAUGGAUAAUUAAUGAAAAAUGAACAUGUGCCCAAUCUCAAUAUUUGCAUUCAUAAUAUCCCUCUGGUUCUUUGUUCAAUCUUAUGUGAUCUGGGUGUGCUGCAGUCUCAUGCACUUCCCUGGGCUUUCUAUGCUUGAAAGGAAAAAAUUUAAAGUUACAACAAAUGGCAUUCAUCCACCUCUGAGCACAGUUCUGCGGUUCAAGAACAGUGUCAUGACUUUACUCAGACCUCUUAAGAAGUCUGCAGAAACCCUCGUACAAACACAUUUAAGGAAAAUCUUUACAUUUUGAUGAAGAAGGUCUGUUGUUGACUGUUACAUAAAUGCAAAGCAGUAGGGGACCACAGCAUCGAUAAUGCAUGUAUGUCACAAGUUACGUAGAUUUUUUUUGGCUAGUUUGCAACACAAGCACAGAUACAGAUUAGAUACAUACAUUGUUAGAGGAUAUAGUUUUUCCAAGCCCCCGUCUACAUUAGAUCAUGCUGGUAGUAGCCAUAAGAUCUGCAGACUUUGUAGAUGUGCUGAGUCACACCUCGAGACUCUCAGAGAGGCUUUGCAACAACAGUGUAAAUGUAUCUCAGAAUAUAUAACUAAGAAAAGAAAAUGAAGAAGUCAGAAAUGUUUGUUCUCAAGGGAGUUGUAGUAAUCCGCUGUCUUACUCCACUUGAUGAAUGGGUCCUCUUGAUGAUAACAAUGAAGCUGUUUUGAUGUCGCCUCUCUACCCCCUCUCUGUCUGUUUCUUCUUUUUCUCACUCAUCUUCUGUUCUCUCCUAUUUGCUGCGCUUGGUGGAGACAGAGCUCGUCCUAAGUGCCCAACUCAGAGGUAUCUUUUCUUUCCUUGCUUUUCCCAAAUCUUUUCCCUGAUUUCAAUUCCCCCUGUCUCGAAUAUCCCAUCUCCCGUGGCUUUCCCUGAUAUCCAUUUUCUUUGAUGGUUACACAGUAAAAGGUCAUUAAGUCGUAUUGUAUUAUGAGUUGAAAAUAGAGGUGUACAGUUAGUCAUGAGGGGAAAAAUCAACAUGGCAUACAGUUUUAUGUAUUCUUAGUGAAUAUCUUUAAAGUCGGUCCUGAAAAAUGUUAAACCCUAAAUGUAGUUUCUCUGUUAAUUGAGCCAAAGCUUUGUUUAUGUGUGUAAUCUCAGGUCAUCACAGUCCACAGCCACAUUAAGUGAGGGAAUGUUAUGUUUUGACUUAAAAGUAGGGUAGGCAGGAUCUGAGGAAGGGCCAGUUUUCCCCUCAGUUCCUCCUCUUCCCUCCCUCUCUGCUCCAACAAGCCCCGCCCACAAACAGACUCUCCUGCUCGCUCGUAUCGUUCCGGUAAAAUUCUGAUAUAAUGCAGAUAAAUACUUCAGAUAAUUACAAAUGGGGUCCAGUCAACGUGAAAGUAAACAGCAUUGGUGCUACUGUAGAUGCCAACAGACUACCAGCAAAUACAAUGUUUGAAGGACUUCUACGACUAGGAUAAAGUGACAUACUCCAGGACCCGAGGUAAACAGUUUAGUGGCGCUACAACACACAGCAGGUCCCGUUUGACAAGAAACAAAUCCUGCCUACCCCACCUUUAAACUUUAACUUUGGCAAAUUUCUAAUGGAUGCUGCUUGUGAGGUCUAAGAUGCAGUCUGCACCUUUGACUUACAUAAAGUGUCUUUCAGGUCAAAAUAGCUCCAAGGGCCUAUCAGCUUUUUGAUCGGACACUCAGCGCAUCCCACUCUAGAAUCUGCCCUGCCUUUCCCUGUCAUUGCCCAACCCCUCUCUGGUCAAACAUCCAUCUCAACCCCUCACUUCUUUUUCCUCUAUCUAUCUCCAUUUUUUCACUCCACUCCUCCUUACCUCUCUUUAUUCCACCUGACAGUGUUGUGUUUGUCUGACUGCUGUCCUCUGUGCAUUUUAGUCUUGACCUCUCAGAGCUGGCCAAGGCUGCCAAGAAGAAACUUCAAGCGGUAAGUGAAGUCAAACCAUGAAAUCUUAGAUUGCAGCCAAUAUUACUUUUUGAUUAAUUAUAAACAGAUUCUUGUACAAUUGGCAGUAGGCGUCUGUAGUUUUCAAGGUAAUGUGAAAGGAUAAAGGAUUUGUAAAAAGGAUAAAAAAGUUUGUUGACACGACAGAUUUUCUAUUCUUUGCCAAAAUAGUUUUAGCCACUGCAGGGCCAGCUGUAAAGAGAUAAGAAUGCAAAAAUUGAAACCUGAUGAGAUGAUGUCUUCCCGCAUCAACCACAUGACCCAGAAAUUUCUUGAAAAAGCAAUGCCAUUUUUUCGAACAUGUCAGGUAAAGUCUGAAUAUUGCAGCCAACUUGAAUAUCAGGUGGUUUCAUUUUCUCUGUCCUCUUGUUAUGUACAUUUUACGCUGGUAUACAUCUGUUUAUCUAUCUGAGGUCAGUUUGUUUUGUGUGUCCGACAGCUCAACAAUCGACUGUUUGAGGAGCUUGCGAUGGAUGUCUAUGAUGAAGUAGAUCGUAGAGAAAAUGAUGCAGGUAAGCCUCAUAGUUUCCCUCUUCUAUUUAUGAAAGGAACUUGGAAAGAAAAAACAAAACAAAAAUAGAUGUUUGGAGUUGUCACUGUGAAUAUAGACAUUGUGAGGUUAUAGACUAUUUACCAGCAAACAUGGCCAAAUAGAGCUUUGGUUGAAGGAGGAAAAACUGAAGACUAUUACACAAUGAAAGUCUGAAACACUGCUGAAGUAGAGUACCACCCUGAAUCCCAAUAAUGUUGGUGUCUCUGUGAAUAAAUAAACACACAUUGCAUUAUACUGUUAAGGAAGUGCGAGAGGCACAGCAUGUCAACACAUAGUGGGAGCUUCACACACGCUUAGACAUGCACGUACACACAGCACUGUUCAGCUUCGCUUUGUCUCCCGGCAGAGGUGGAAAGUAACAAAAUAUUUGGGUAUUCCUCUAACUGUCUCUUUCUCUGCUACAAAACUUUAUCUCAAAGGCAAAAACUGUCAUUUUGACUCCACUGCCCUACAUGAAGGUUUUUCACAGAAGUAAAUGUAUUUUAUGUUAUUCUUAGAGAGAAAACACCAUUCGAAAUGAUCAGGGCUUGUGCAAAUCACCCCUCUGUGACUCUUUUUAAAUGUUAAAAAAAAUAGUUUAAUGAUCCGUCUUGGUUUUAAUCCCUAUCCUUGUUUAUGGGCACCAUAUCUUAUGUAAUAUGCAGCCAAACUGUGACAGUAACAGUUUUUCAAUGUGUCUCCUUCUUGCCCUACAGAAUGUAAAGAGAAAAUGAUGCCACUGAUGUUGGCUGCUUUUCAAGGGGUGUUUGUGGGCUUGUGCAACUCAUAGUGCGACACAGUACCUCUACUCGUUUGCAUGCCAUUAAGAUGUUAAAUAAAUUGGUCAUGCUGUUGCUCUUACUUUUAACAAACCUGGCAGUGAAUUCUGGUGCUGCAAUACCAAACCAGGCUGGAACAACCCAAUGAGACCUUUUUGGGAACAAACUAUCAGCCAUGUUGUUUAUGUGUGUAUGGGUUAACCAGGUGUUGGUAAAGUUCUGGAGUGAACACACAAAAAUAAAGAAAAAUUUUAUUUUCAUCUUCUUUUCCCUAGUGUGGCUCACAACCCAGAACCACAGCACCCUGGUGACAGAACGCAGUGCAGUGCCCUUCCUACCAGUCAAUCCCGAAUACUCAGCCACACGCAACCAGGUAAACACACAUAAACCUCUCAUUCCAGUAAUCAAAGGUAGCAUAUAUACUCAAAUACGAUAGCAUUUAUAUUUACCUCAAGAAUAUUAAAACCAAAACAAGAUUAAACAUUUUUUAUAAACAGAAAGCCAAGAGACGUGUUUGUCCCUCAUGUUUCAAGGGAGAAGCUGAGGACAAGUGUGAAAAAGAAGCCAUGUUUUUUAUUCUUGAAAGCAGAGGACAGAUCUGUGUUUUUUUUUACUUAUUCUCAUCUGUCCUGAUGUUUUUUUCAUAUAGUUUUUCCUUUUCUGUGUAAACACUAACUUUCAAAGCAAGCAAGGAUUAUAUUCAAACAUUAUGGUCACUUUGCUCACAGUUAAGUAAAUCACAAUUGUGGAAAAAAAGGAAAUGAAGACAAACAAAGUUCGAGUUAAGCCUUGUGUAACAUGACUUUGUGUGACAAUUUUAAUGAAUUACUGAAGUGAAAAGUGACUCUUUAACUUAAAUGCAAAUGUUUUAUCAUAAAUCCAUGGCUUCUUUUUUUUAUGUAAUCUGGCUUUUGAUGACAUGCGGAUGUUAUGUUAUGUUAUGUUAUGUUUGGCCACCGCACAUAUGCUCGUUAAACAGCAGCUGCUUGGGUAAUAAACCACUGGCUCACGGCUGCACUGUGUCUAAAUUUCAGAGAUGAUAGAAAGUUUCAAGUGAAUCUGGUAUUCAUGUCAGGUUGUGGCUGCAAAAAUAAAACAAAGUCUUCUUACUUGUUCUUUAGGGCCGCCAGAAACUGGCACGAUUCAACGCCAGGGAGUUUGCCACACUCAUCAUUGACAUCCUGAGUGAUGCCAAAAGAAGACAACAGGGGAAGGGGCUCAGCAGUCCCACAGGUGAGACACAAACUUCUAAAUUUGGGGUUUGUUGCUAUGGUUUCGAUAUUGAUGUCUUUUCAACUGAGAUAACAAGAAGUGGGUCAAGGGGGUUUCGUUGAACCUCAUGGUGUUUUUAACAGGAAUGGAAGUCUGGCCAGGUGAUAGUCAGCUUGAAUGAGCAGGAGCCUUAUACUGUUGUGAGGAAAUUCAGUAGUUGAGUUGAAAUGUAGGAGGUGGUGUUGCCAGGUAACAUAUCAGAAAAGCAAAAAAAUCUAUCCAUUUGGAGAUGAGCUCAAAUCAUCCCUACUGGGGUGAAACCAUCCAAAUUGAGAGAUCAUGCCUUACCCAAAAGGUUCAAAAUUACUGACUUAAUCCUGACAGUCUUCAUUUUUUUUCUUAACCAUCAGUGACAGCUAAAAACACAACUAAGAGUUAAGAGACAGGAAAUGAUUUGUAGCGGAAAAAUUCUUUACAAGGUUCAGAAGAGGAAGCAAGUGAUUCAAGUUCAAAAUGUAGUUUGAAGGAACUUUUCUGUGUGGUUUUGAAGAUAAGAAACAAGUUCCAAAAAGAUGGACAUUAAACAUGUAGGUAGGUUUGAAUGCAUGAGUCAGCUUUACAGAUCCAAAUAUACAGUCACAGAGUAAAAGGAUGUCAGAAUGCUACAGAGUGGUAACAAACAGCAAGAUAUCUAACAAUUUAUGUCAGGUGAGUCAGGGGGGCCACACCAGAUUUUGCUGGUUGAUCAAAAUAGCUGGAAAAAACUUUGACUGUGCACUAACUAAUCUCUAAAAUUUUGACUGGGGAAGGCACUCAGUAGAACCUACCUCAUAUGGAUCAUAGAGCCCUUUUAAAAGCGCCGCCCAGAAGGAAAGAGUUAUGAUAUUGAGUCAGGUAUACUGCAAGUACGCAGGUCUCAGGGGACCCGCUACAAAGGCACAGGGAGCCACGAGGGGAUACUGAAAAGAGGUGCGAUGCUCCUGAUUGCCAGUACCCACCAGUCUUGUUAGAUUGUCACAUAACCGGUAGCCCUCCUGUCCCAGCAGUGAACAAUGGUUUGUCAUUUAUCCCUGAGCAUCUUUAGCUUUAGGUAGUAUCACUGAAUGAGACCUUCCAAUCCUGAGACACUUGCAGAGUUGAUGCACUUAUUCUUCUUGAGUGAUGCAUGAAAACUGCUGGGCUUUUUUUUUUUCUUUCAUGAUGGAAAGCCAGUGAGGUUAAAUGCAGUCCUCUGCAUGCCACACAGCAGCAACUGCAAUAAUCCUCUGUAGCCAGCUGGGCUGCUUUUACUUUGAAGAUUACUGUAGAGGGUGUAUCUGUAAACCUUGGCCAUACUAUUUUGGUUUGACAUUACAACCUACAUAUAAUACAAGGAGUUUUAUCCAGUUUGAUGAGCUCUGAAAGGUGUAUUGGAUUUUACAGAACCACAGAUGAUGCUGAAAUUGCCUAUUCUAAAAGGUGCUGGGGUUGUCUUUGAUAAAGGCAGGUUUACCAGGAUAGAAACCCCUAGUAUGAGAUGUCUCAUCAGUUUUAUUCUCUCAGAAAAGCAAUGCAAACAUGAUGAAGAAUGGGGUGAUACAUAAAGUAUAAAAAUAUAAUACAUAAUGUAAGAAUCUAAUAUAUAAUCUUGUUUUUCUUUUGCCAGAUCCAUUGGAUCUAGGAAUUGAUGAUGAUCAGCAUGACUAUGACAGUGUAGCCUCUGAUGAAGAUACAGACAGCGAGCUGACCACCCAGAACAACAACAACACACAACGCAGCAACCGUGCAAAGGUACAGUGCCAAAAACACACAAUUUCAAAAACCAGCACACAUCUUUCAGCCAAACAAACCUCUCCACAUCCUGACUCUGGUAGUCUGGAAUUAUGUUUCAGGAAAUGAGCUCCGUCCCUCUUAGCUCUGUUUACGGUAGUCUUGAAGACAAGAAGAAUUAACAGCCUGCAUUGCUUGUCAGGGUUUGCUUUUUGUGACUGCUUGUCUCAGCAUGCUUGCAGUGGGCAGCCCACAGUGAGAGCUGCUGAAUAUCUUAUUGGUGACAUCAUCUGCUGCUCUAGGCUUAAAUUAUUGUUCAAUAUAAAAGGGUCUGUGUAUUUUUACAAUGUCGGGAAGAGAAAAGAGAAAGAGGAGGUAUGGAGCUUGAUUUUGGAAGUUGAAAUGAAAAAUCUGAAAGCAGCAACCAAACUCCACAUACUCUAUAAAUAAAUGCCAUCUCUUUUUUGCAUAAGCAUGAAAAUGGUUUCUCAGCGGUAUUGAACUGAGUUAUAGAGAUACUAUCUAUAAUUCUAAGUAGAGGCCAAAAACUUCAUCUGAUUGAUGGGUUUAACAAAAGCUUUUUUUCCCUCGCCAAGUAUUCAUAGUUGGAUAAAAACCAGAACAGCUCUGAAGAAUAUGGAAAAGAACCUGCUAAAGUUCAGGGGAAUUAUGUAGGAAUGAGUUUGGGCAUGAUCCCUGAAGACAGACAGUGGUGCAGAUGGUGCAUUAAAAAGAGAAAUGAGCCUCUCACACAGAUAAAAGCAGAGUUGUCCAACUCAAGACUGCUUACCCUCUUCUACAUCUAUUACACUCUAGUCUAUAUCGACAAAAACUGCAUGGUAAUGCCUUCUGUAUUUUCUGCGCAGUGUUGUUGACAUACAACAAUUCAUUUUAUAGAAAAAUACACUAAAAAAUUCAGUACAUCAGUUUGAAAACCUUUCACUUCUCAUAAUGUCUCUUUCUCCACCCUUAUGUCUUUAUACCCUCUUGUCCACCUCCCUUCAUGCCUUGUCUAUCCAGAGUAUGGACUCCUCAGACUUUUCAGAUGGUCCUAUAACGCUGCAGGAAUACCUCGAGGUGAAGAGGGCUCUGGCCUCCUCAGAAGCCAAGGUACAGCAGCUGAUGAAGGUCAACAACAACCUGAGCGAGGAGUUACGACGGCUUCAAAAGGAGGUAGGGAGUAUGGAGGAGUGACAAAAAAAGGACAAAUCAGGACAAAGAGGUUAGAAGAUCACCACAAGUAGAACCUCAGUUGUUAAAGCCCCACUCCGAUAGUUUUUUUUUGUACUUAGAGAAGUGUUAUCAGUGGUCUUUAAACUGUGUUUGUAUAGUUUUUAGCCAAGAUCACGUUACCUGUGUCAUUUCCAAGUGCUUUUCUGCUGCAGAGUGUGAGUAGCUCAUUAGCAAUUCCCCUCUGAGACAGCGCUGCUCUGCACACUCCUCUUCACGCUAGUUCGCAGCCAAACAUUGCGUAGUAGAAGAUACAGGUAACAUAGGAGCUAUUCAGCUCUCAGACACCAAUGUCUUUAGGGACAUGAGGAAAGUUAAUAUCAUAAUUAGCUUUUUUAUGAGCAUUUCAAUCUGCUAAUGCAGACGCUUGUUCUGUAUUCAUCCUCUCUAUUUCUCCGAGCCUGGCCUGCAGAGCGGGGCUCCGAGGAUGGAGCUUGGAUAAGUUACGUAGGACUUUUCGAUUAAUCUGAUCCUGACGUUUGGGUCUGCCAGAGAUUCACAGCGAUUUGAAUGCAGAAAUACUCAGAAAUGCAAUUUCACAUUUAUCUUUCAUAUGAUAUGUCCUCUUGUAUCCAAAAAAUGCCAUCUGAACAUGUAAACAUCAAGAAAAACAUGAUUUUCAUCGGAGUGGGUCUUUAAAAAAACAAACAAAACACGGGGUAAUUGGGAGGAGGAGGAAAAGACAAAAUAAGAUUUUUUUUUUGCUUUAUUUAAAAAAACUGGAGUGUGUGAGUAGGUUUGUCAAUUAACCCAUAUUUGCUCUUCAUGAUUGCCUUGUUUAUCAUUAGCUUUAUUGUGUUCAUUAUUGGCUGCCAGUGCGAGCUUAUGAUUCAUAUCUGUGUUUGCCACUAAAACCAGGAUUGAAGUUGGAGUUGAGGGAGGCACAUAGUUUAACCAGCAAACACUUGAGUGCACACACUGCAGACGACUAAUAAUGUGGUCCAUUCAGAUGGUCGCCAACAGUACCCCAUUGCGAGCCCUCAUUUCUCCUCAUUGCCCGUUGAAAACAGUUGAAGUGUAGGAAUGUAGCCUUCCAAACCAUUUUUAAAAACCCAAACCCUGUCCUGCCAUGCAAGCUUGACCACACAUUCCACCCUACCUCGGUACUGAUCUGAGUUUAUUUGUAUGAGGCUUUUACUGAACCUGUGAUGGCGGAUGCUUGUCUUUGACCAUUCAGUUGACCCCCUUACCUUUAACCUCCCUAUGCCCUUCCCUAUGUGCCCUAUCCAUCCUCUCAUCCUUCCCUGACUCCCCUUCCUGCUCUCCUGUAGAUCACGCGGAUGCAGACAGAGAACAGUGUGCUGCGGGGGUGCCAGCAGGCUGGGGGGGCAGCUGGCUAUGGGGUAGGGGGGCCUGGUGGAGGAGGAGGGGGAGGAGGACACCGGCAAGGUGUUGGGGGGAGAGGGGGUAUAGAUGGAGGGAGUCUGGGUGUGUUUGGGCCUGGAGUGGAGUCCCCAGUGCUCUCUGUGCCCUCCUUGGCUGUACCCCACUUGUAUCACCACCGGAGAGACCGCCAGGCCUUCUCAAUGUACGAGCCAGGGGCGGCCCCCAGCCCCACGGCCCAAGGUCCCCCAGCCCUGGACUCCCUGGCAGCCCGCCUGCAGCCCCUCAACACACCCAGCGUAAGUUAGAACUUCCCUGCCCCCCUUCUACUCUCCGCCUUCCUUUUGGUGGCUAGAGCUGUCUUUAACCUUAUCAGUGGAUGGUAGACCCAUCCGAAUCACCCCUUCAGUUCUCUCUCUCCCUAUAUCUUAGUUCCAGAUCCUUCUCUUUGAAAGGUCCAGCUGUGCAUGAAACUCCUUUCAACUGUGUUGCACUGAUUUGUCAGGGAAAACAACUCAGUCUUUGAUCUUUGGCAGAAAAAGACAAAGGGAAAGAAGAAAGAUGGAAAAGGGAUUUAGUUGUCUGUUUGGUUGCCUGCCUGCUUGACAAUUUAUCAACAUUUCACCUUGCUUUGCUCCCUUUAAUCUUCACCUUCUCACCUAUUCUCGACCAAUCAUUUCGACCUCCUUCUUGACAGUUGAAUAAUUUUGAAAUUGCUAUUACAGCUUACACACGAGGACAAAAUUGUUGGUACCUCUCUUUUAAUGAAGGAAAAACCCACAAUUGUCGCUGAAAUAACCUGAAGUUGAAAAAAGAAAUAAUUAAUAAAAAAUGAUGAGGCAAUCACUGCAAAGAUUUCUGUAACCGACAGUGAGACUUGUGCACCGGUCAACAGGUAUUCUGGCCCAAUCCUUGAGAGCAAACUGCGCUGCACCAUCUACUGGAUAAGUCAGGGAACUUUUCAAAUGGCGGAACAUUUUCGAAGUAAAAACCGAAUCUUAUUCUCCGCAUUUUAUUUCUCAAAAUAUCAGCGAAAAUCGGCGAGUUUUGGCCGAUUACAGAUUAGUCUCUAAUGGGCUAAAAUUGGCCGAUUUAAUCGGCUCGCCGAUAAAUCGGUAGGGCCCUAGUUUUUAGCUGUGUGUUUUGAAGACCCAUGAUCUGGGAGCUCACCUUUCUUUGGAGGUUGUUCUGGGCUACCAUUUUUUACUGUUUGUAUUAUCCGUCUUCUCCGUUUCUUAUCCAUUUUUCUCUUGCGGCCACUCCCAGAGAAGUUGGCUGCAAUCCUGUGGAUCUUAAACCUCUGAAUAAUAUGUGCAACUGUAGUCACAGGAACAUCAAGCUGCUUGGAGACGGUCUUAAAGCCUUUAAGACACCUGUGACGCUAAUCAGAGGACACAUCUAAAUUUAUAAUGCCCCUAUGGUCAAAUUAUUUUCAGUCAUUUCUAGGGGUACCAUCAUUUUUGUCCAGGCCUGUUUCAUUAGUUUGUUUUUAAUUAUUCUGUUGAACCACAAUUCAAAAGCAAUGUCUGAUUUUAAUUGGUUAAUUUUCAGUCAAUUUUUAUAAACUAUUUCUUUUGUCAGUUUCAACUUACUUCAGUGACAGUUGUGGGUUUUUCUUUCAAAAACAAAGAGGUACCGACAAUUUUGUCCACAUAUGUAUAAGUGAAGGAAAACAUAUAAACACACACACACACUAAAACACUCAUGGGUGAUAUUGCACUUUGGCGAUGGGAACUACUAUGGAGCUAAACACACAACCAUGCACUGCAACUGUUGACCUCUCUGUGGAAAACUCUAUGGCGUCGUGUCCAUCCACCGUCCCCAUCCACCAAGAUUUACCUGUUUGUUUCUUUGUUUCCUUUCUGUCUGUCUCUUCACCUGUCUGUCCAUUGCUCACUGAAGUGCAACUGUGCAUCCUCUGGAUGUAAGCAUUCUGUGUGUCUUUGCAUUAUUUACCUUCUGAUUAAUAGUAGGAUGAUCCUGUAACAUGCAACUAUGCAUCACUAUUAAUCAUUCUUAUUCUGUGGAUCAACAUUAGGGUAAAGUAUGUUUGUUGUCAUUUUUAGAUGUGUGGUUUUAAGAUGUUCAUCAUGAGCUAGUUUAUUUCACAUUUUUCUUUAUAUAUUUCAGAGUUUGCAAUCCUUGUAGCUCUGAUGGGAUGAUGACUGAGCUGCUGUUUAUAAAAGCAUCAUUUUUCUCUCUGCCCAUAUGCUUAUCCUUUUGCAUAAUCAGUCGUGUUUACCUAAUAGUUGUUAUUUCUGUUCCUAGUCUGUUAUCCACACACUUUUUAUUUUCUCUCUAUUCCCGUAUCUCUCUUUCUCUCUCUCUCUCUGCUCUCAUUUUCCCCUCCAUUCAUAGGUGAGAAAGGGUAGUACUGGGGGUCCAACACCAUUUGGAAGCCAGCAUUUAUCUGGAUCUGCGGAGAUGGGGAGAUACAUGGCAAGUUCUUCAACUGUACAGUUUUAAAAAUAUAACGAUAAGAGAAACAGAUUGGUUUUCCCUCCUCAAUGAUCCUGCACUCUGCCUAUUUUAAAACUGAGGGUCUUUUGUUUUAACACAAACAAAUAAAUUAUUGGCUUGAAUUCAAAUACAAACAUGAUCCUGUAAUGAUUUUUGAUAUACCCUAAUGGUAUUUUGACCCUGUGAUAUUUCAAUCACAGAAAACCUCUGGUGAUCCCAUAAAAAUGUCCAGACAUGUUGUUUUAUUAUUUAACUCAAAUAUAGCUGCAAAGGAAAACAAUUCUCCAUUAUUACUAUUUUCAAAAGAAGAAAAGGAAGAGGAAACUAUAACUGCCAUGCCAUGCAAAUGUGGUCUCAUGAGCAAGCGAUACACUAACUUCUUUUGUAAAUGCAUUUUAGGUCCCUUCCUGUUUCUACUCUGUAAUCUUCGCUAAUCAUGUAUAAUGUUGCUAUAAACCAAGUGCAGAUCAAACUGUGUAAUAAGAGAGUCAAAUGAUGCUUGCCAGAAACAGCUCAUAUAUUGUUACAAGCUGUCAAUGAUGUAACUGUUCGUAGCACUGAAAGAGUAAAUUCUCGUGUUUUUCUCCACAGGUCCCCAAACCAGAGAGGCAUUGCAGUGGAACCGACAGUGACUAUGACAACUCACAAAUGUACGAACUGUCCCUAAGGUCAGACACACUGCUUGUUACUGUGUACAAAAGGAUAAAACUAUAACAGUGUACUCAUAUCUGCAGCUUCUAGUAAAGUUGCUUUUACAAAACACAUCUUGUGCAUUUUGAGUCAGCGUUGAGUAACCAAGGCCUCUCAUUGAUAUAUAUCCUCUCUUGGUGUCAGAUUUCUCUUUAUGUUAAAGUUGUUCUUGAGAGUUUAAUUGUGUUUUGUUUUUUUUGUAAUAAGUAUGCGCCGCAGCAGUGAGGAGGAAGGUCAUGGAGAUUCAGAGGAGGGAGUAGGUGGAGACACUGUGGAGCCAGAUCCCACCCUGCCAUGCACAGAGGAUGUCAUACUGAAAACCGAACAAGUGACCAAGAAUAUCCAGGAGCUGCUAAGGGCUGCCCAGGAGUUCCAACAUGAUAGGUAAAGCACUCCAGAGAUAGAUGAAAGUCACAAAAGGAUCACACAUAAAAAAUAUUCAGACAAAAGCAGUUUUCCAAUUGUUUGUAACAGACUGCCUUUCAGCUCAGAGGCAAAGAAUGACCACUGUUUAAGAGUUUUUCAAAAGAGCACUGAACAAUAUCAGCUGCAGUGUCUGCAGAAGAAGUCCAAAAGAACCAAGGUGUAACAAUCGACAUCAUCUUGUCAGCAACUGUUUCAAGUAUCUCAUUUAUUUUCUCUUCAGCUUCGUCCCAUGUUCUGAGAAGAUCCACUCUGCAGUGACAGAGAUGGCCUCACUCUUUCCCAAAGUGAGUUUGACUUGUGUUUCAUUUCUUUUUUCUGUUGUCUCUCUUUAUUUGUUACCAUCUUGAACUCUUUCAAUCUACCACCUAGGGAUGUGCCGAUAUAUGAUUUAAUUGGGAUAUGCGAUAUUAAACAGCCGCGUAGGGUACUGUAAUAAUCGUUUCACAAAUAUAAUUUAAAGAUGAAUGGCAGUGUCACUCAGCGGAGGCGAGUGAAGCCGAGUACUUACCAACCUAACCCGCUUGUAGUCUUACCCACGGUGUCAAAGCCUCGGUAGCAAAAUGUACCCACAAACCACCACAAAAGUAGUCCCGAAUCCAAAACAAACUCUGGAAUUAAGUACAUUAAGGCCAACCUAACAAAAACGGGAACAUUAAAAGAGAAAAUGAAGAAAUUUUACAACAAAAUGUGUGGCCACCCAAAGCACUGUUGGAGCGUGUCCACUCUGUGAACCGGAAACAGUCUGAAGAAAAAAAAAGUAAACACAAACGUUCCAACUUCCAACCAACGUAACGAUGCAGGAAUGAGGAGACGCCUCGGCUGUAUCCUCUUAUUAAGAAGGUUUCGUCGGCAGUAUGGACAUUUUACGGCUUGACAAAACAGACGGAGCAGGUAAACCUGACACCAAUCUGCAGGUUAUGCCGUAAGGAAGUUGCAGCGCUGUUGUCUUACACUUAAAACCUACAUGCCCACCUCCGUGAACACCAUCUAGCAUCGUUCGCCCAAAUCAAGGUAAAAACAACAUGACCGCUACAAGUUUGGUCUACUCUACUGCUUAUUAUGGACAACGUUAGUGACAUUUCUGCUAACUUUAGUUCCAAAAAGCUAAUGCUGCCAACGUCAUGUAUUGUUCAUAUUGUUUGUGCGUGUCAUGCUGUGCACAGAGAAGUGAUUUCCCAGUUUUUUUGUCAUUUUAAUAACGUUAAAAGCAAUGCGCUAAUAUCGUGAUAAUAUCGUGAAUCGUGAUAUUUUGGGCCACCAAUAUCGUGAUAUCAAAUUUUUCAUAUCAGCACAUGCCUACUACCACCAGCUACAAAGUGAGUUGAGGUUUUACUCUGUUUCUUCAUAGCGCCCUGCAUUGGAUGCUGUCCAUUGCUCCCUCCGCCUGUUGGCUUCCAGUGCCUCACGGCUGCAGCUGGAAUGUCGAAAGGCCUCUCCCUCAGAGCCCGGGGCGCCUGCGGUGGACUACCAACUUCUCACUCAGCAAGUCAUCCAGUGCGCCUAUGACAUUGCCAAGGCAGCCAAGCAACUAGUCACCAUCACCACUCGUGAGAAGAAACAGUGAUGCUAAAAGAAAAAAAAAAUGCAUGGACAGAUGGAGAGAAAAGACACAGAAGGGAUCGAGGCAUAGGUGUGCUAAAUGGGAUAAGACGGUUGAGGUUAGGAAGGAAUAUACGUGAGAGGAUUGGGGAGGGGGAGAGAAUGCAAAUGUCAGGAAAUCGCAUGGAAAAAAGAACCAGAAGAAGUUCGAGAGAGUUUAUUUUUUUAGAAGUAACACCAUAGAGAAGAAGAAGAAAGAGACAAUCCACGACUCUGCGAGUGGAAGUUGAGAAGAACAGGUGGGAGGAUCCAACAAGAUGACGUAGAGCUUGCUGCAACCUAAAAAAAAAAAAAAAACUAUGGGGAUUAGAUGUGUAUAAUAAUCCACUCAAACUUUUACAAGUACCGGUAUCCAUGAAAUACAAAUUGUUAAAAAUCAAACUGGAACCUAGGAUGUUACUGCUUUAUUUAUUCCUGUCACUUAUCAGUCCUCCCUCUCCUAGUUUCACUGAAGAGAAGAGGAAAGUGUGUGCUGUCAAAGAGGUAAAGAGAGAAGAAAGUAGAUGGACCAACCGUGACAUACUCCUCAUCAUCUCCGUCCAGUGAGCAUUUAAGACAUUUCCCUGCCCUUUCCCUCUCUGGCCUGCUCCUCUUACCCCUCUUUUAACUGUCAUGAAGCCCCUCUAAGGUCACAGACAUGAUGAGUUUGCAGUGCAGAGGAAGACCCCCCUCCAUUCACCCAACUCAACACCCGAAUCAUACGCAGCAACCUGAGCUUUUCUCUGACAUGUCACCAAUGACUCGCAGCCAAUGGCUCACUUUGGGUACGCAGCAUGAUCUGGCAUGUUUUUUUUUUUUUUUUUUUUGUUUUUUUAUAUUUCCUUUUUUCCUGCCCUUUUUGUUUUUGAAUACGCAGAUUGGUUUGGUCUGCACCUCUCAGAGUGGGGGAGGAUCAGUGACUUACACAAACAAAACACUUACACUGGAGUUAGUGUGAUUUAUUGCUGUUUACCAUGCCUGUUGUUUUUUUUGUAUUGAUAUUUUGCUGACUGUCAUUUUGAUAUAUCUGUUCGUGUAUGUUUAUUUUAUUGUCUAAAAUAGGAAUCUCAUUAACAGAAAUAGGGAGAAAAUGGGUGAUUAUGUGCACAAACUCCUACUGGAUCUCUGGUAAACUUGCACACGUAUAGAUAUAACCUGUGAAUAGUCCUCAAACAUUCUCAAGCACUACUUUUCUUGGUAAAAGUUGAGAUUUUUCUUGUUAUAUGUUGUGAUAUCCUGUGUUAGAGGAGUUGAAAAGCUGCCAAAAGAGAGAGAAAAGGUGGAAGAGGCGAUUUGUUUUUUAAUUUUUAUUUUUAAUUUUAUUUUUUUUGUUUAAUUGUCCUUCAUACUGUAAACCCCUUGGGGCAUUCAAAACACUUUUUUUUCAUGCAUCUUUUACUGUCUUUUGGAUCUAUAUUAUAUAUUGCCAGAUAUAACAGAACAAGUGGUUUCAUCUCAGAAUCAAUAUGUUAAUUAUCUUUUUUAGCUGUGCCAAGCAAGAAAAGACAUUUUUACUGUUUGUUUAUAAAGUCUUAACCUCCCAAGGUAAGCUGAAAUGCAUUUUUUUACGUGUUGUAUCUGCCUUUGGAUGCUUGUAUGACACAGCAGCCGUUACUUGUGAGCAUGGAAAUACCAUAUAGUUGGUACACUGGCUUUUAAAUUACAGUUGAGAAAAUACCUGUUGAAAUGUUGAAAUGGAUAUUGUCACCCCAUGGGUACUUGAUUUAGCUUGCUUGAUAUUACUUUGGAUUGGCAAGUACAGUCAACAUCAUUUUCUGUCUUGGCCUGCUGAUCUAGGCCUUGGAUAUCAGGAUGUUGUUUGUUCUAUCUUACUGUGUUUGACCACUGAAAGUGGAGGGGAAGCAUUUCAAACUAUUUCUUUCUAAAUAAUGUCCACUAAGCCUUCUUCUAAGAGUUGUUAAGCUGUACUGAACAAAUAUGGUCGUAGCUGGAACAAAAGAAGCUGAUGGUAUCUGGCAGGUCUUUCAGGUGUGUCCUAUUUUUGGUUCGGUUGUACCUUAAGCCUUUCUCCAGUGAUAGUGGUACUGGUUUCUCAGAGUGUGUGUGGCCUAUUCGGUAAGAUGUUUCAAAUCAUUCUCCCAUCCUCAUAAAAAAACUUGCUUGCACGAGCUGUCCAUUACAGCAUAAGUCAAAACCUCUGAAGAGACUAAUGCUUGACAUCUUUUGGCACUUCUUUUUGCACUUAAAUCAUGUUUUGUGUUUCAAUUUUUAACUUUUUUUUCAUUACUUUAAGUCAGUGACCACCAGUAUCUACAGUCUCUCACAACGCUGCCCACACAUCUCUGUAGGGAAGUUUUGACUAUUUUCUUUUACCUUUCAAGUCCAAACACGUCUGAAUCACUAUGGGAAUGUAUCCCUGUCUGAAACCAUCUGACCCUUGACAUUAGUAUCAUUAGCUCCUGAUAUAGUGUCUGAGGAUGGUAUUUCUCCUGUUACAAGCACCAAGGUGGGACAGAAGAAGACCUUGUCCAUUUAUCUAUGACUUCCAAGUCUCUGGAAGAGGGUAAUUUAUAUCAACAUGUAUUUUCAUGUUUAUGUUUUUAUAACUCUGUUUGUUAUGAUUCACUACAAGAUUUUUUUCACUAUGUUUGCCAAAGUAGACUCUAGGCUCUCAGAUCCAUUGACCAAACUUUUGAUUGGCUCGUGACACUAGUGUACUUUUAUAUAUUUUUAAUCUUACAAGUAUGCUGUGAUAUUACCUCCUAAUGUUGUUAUAUUUUGCAUAGAAAUGAUCCUCCUAGAAUCUACAGGGAGUGAAAAGUAAAAAUAACUUAAGUGGCCUAAGUGGUUUCUCAACUCUGUAACUAACUACUUUAGAGACCAGCUGGAUUAUGUAGGAUCUAUGAUUUAAACCGUACUAUCUAUAAGGUCCUGGUUCAAGAAUGCAGAAUGAGAAGUGUAGUUUGGAUUUGGUUUGAAGGUAAAUUCCAAAGCUCUUCCCAGUGCUGUAAUCCCAAAAUAGCUGGAGGUCUAAACUGCAAAUGGCCUUGUCCUUGCUAAAUUCAGUAUCUUACAGGGGCUGCCUCCAGAAUGAAUGUUUCAGCUUCCAUUGGUUUGUAACAGAUGCACUUUCUUCACCUUCCUCAUGUUGCAAUUUCAGCCCAUACUUGACCACAUGGAAACAUACACCCUCAACCUAUCAGCUCAAGCAAGUCAUGCACAGCAAACAUUAAAUCUGCAGACAGUAAUGGGGCAUGUAAUGUUAAUGUACCUGUUUCUCUUUUCAGCUCUAUGUUUUGGGAGACAAGUGACAAGAGUUUUAUUUGAACAGAAUACUUUAAAAAGUGUAUAUAUGUUAAGAACUGACUUAAAUGUCAAUCGUUAUGGAAACUAAUAAGCUGUACAUUUGUAAUAAAAUAGUUGAACAAGUUCCUG